AUGGUAAGCGGAGACAACAAAGGAGCUGCUGCACGUUUUACCGAAGAUUGGUUUGAUCAGAACAGUGGUGGAAAGAUACUUUCUGGUGUAUCCAAGGCUGAAGAAACCCCAUUAACAGCCUCAAACAUUAUUCCAGUUGUUCAUGAUAAUCUUAAGCAGAUCCUUGUUGCUUUUCUAGGUAUGGAAAUCUUUACACGGAAAGUAAUUUGCUAUUGUGUGAUUCACACACAUUCCGGCCUCGUCGGUUAUCUUCGACUUGUUAUAUAUAUCGUAACGUCACUUAGUUUUGUGCAUCAAUCUUUUGAUGUUCUUGUUCAUGACAUUGAGCAGAGCAUUGUGAAUGCUCACAAUAACCUUCGUCCUGGAUCAGGUGCCUCGACACUAUUUGAUCCACAUACUGUCAAUGCCUACAUUCAGGAGGUCAAGAAGCUAGCUGCAGCUCUUAUCAGUGGACCUGUGCAGUCGGAGCCCCAACCCUUGGAUCUGCUAGACAAGCAAAUAAGCUUACUAAUGCCAGUCGUGAUGGAUGCAACUCCUCCCGGUGUAAACUUCGGUGAUGUCAGCUCUGAUGUACCCAAGAACUCAACCUUCAAGAGAGGUGACAAUAUCACAGUCGCUUUCUUGUCAGUGAACCCAAGAAACGACCUCAUGACUGAAGGUAAAUUUGCUCUCUAG